AUGAUUGAAAAGAGGCUUAUUUAAUGGAUACUUUUACAAUUUGUCUUAAUGAGGAGUGCUGAGAUGUCAAAAAUUUGUGUCUGUGGCCAUGUUAGUAAUCAAAUUGAUUGUGAAUAAUCUGGUUUUUGCAUUUGGCAAGAUGGAUUUUGUAUUUUAAAUCCUGGUUCAAUAUACAAUAUUUAAAUAUGGAAUUAGAAUCUAUGUAAGAAUUUUGCAAAAGAGGACUGCAUAGAAUAAGACUAAUGUGGUUUUCAUUUUGGUUAAUGUAUAGAUUUUGAAGAUUGUACUAUAUUUGACAAAAACUAAUGCUAAGAUUCAUCUUAGAGAUGUGUUUCUGAUGGAACAAAGUGUGUAGAAAAGUUAGAAUGUAAUAAUUACAAAACUGAGAUUGGAUGUUAAAAUAAAAACAAGAUGGGUAAGUAUUGUUUUUGGAUUUAUGGUAUUGAUUAAAAAUGCAUGGAUGUAACAAUUUGUGAAGAAUUACCAAUAUUUUUGUCUAAUCAUAGUAUGUGCAAAGAAGGUUUGGACGACUGCACUAUACGUGAUCAAGGAUAUGGAUGUAUGAAAUAAAAGGAGUCAUGCACUUAAUAUUAAUAAGAUUUUUAAUGUGUUGAAAGUAGAUCAAAAAUAGGACACUGUUUUUGGGAUGUUAAAAAGAGAAAAUGUGUUGAAAAAGUAUGUGAAAAUAUACCGUUUUCUUCAGAUUAUGAGUGUAAGUAAUAUUUAGGAGAAUGUACAUCAAAUGGUAUUCAUUGUAUAAAGAGGAUGCAAUGUAGUGAUGUUUAAAAUACAUUUGGUUGUGUCACAGAUGCUUAAGGAAAUAAAUGUGAAUAUCAUAAAAAUUAAUGUUAAAUAAAGAGCUGUAGUACUGCUCCUGAUAACUAUUAAAAUUACCAAAAAUGUUAAGAUUACGAUAUAUCUUUUGAUUGUGUUACAUCUGAAAAUGGAGGAUGUAAAAUUAGACCUUAAACAUGUGAAGGUUAUGUGGCUGAGGCUGAUUGUUAUUCUAGAGAACAAUAAAAUUGCGAAUGGUUUAAUCAUAAAUGUGAAUAUAGAUAAUGUCAUCAUGCUCCAAUGUAUUAUAAUCAUUCUGAUUGUAAACAAUAUGGUAAUUGUAUAGGGAGGUUAAAUGGAGGAUGUUAAUUGACACCUCAAAUAUGCGAUUAAAUUUUGGAAGAAGAAUUUUGUGAAUUUAAUUAUAAUAGAGAAAUGUGUUUUUGGUUAGAUGGGAAUUGUAAAUUAUUAGAAUGUAAUAAAUUGAAAUUACCAACCUAUUCAAAUCAUAAAAUAUGCUAAAUAGCAAGUCCAUUUUGCACUUUUCAUCUAGAUUCUUAAGGUUGCGCAGAUUAUAUCUGUGAAAAUAUUUUUGAAAUAGAUUAUUGUUAAACUGAUUCAAAUGGAAGUGAUUGUACUUUGAAUUAAGGUUGUAUAGAGAAAAAAUGUUAGACUGCCCCUCAAAAUUAUAAUACAAAUUAAAAAUGUGAAGAGUGGCUACCCGAAUGCACAGUUAAUGUAUAAGUUCUAUAAAAUUUUAAAAUAUCGAUUGGAUGUACCAAUAAAAACUAUAAUUGUGAAAAUGCCGUUGAAGAACAAUGCUAUACUACACUUACAGGAUUAAAUUGUAAAUGGGAUAUUGCCUAAUAAAAAUGUAUUAAUUAAGUCUGUGUUGAUGCAAAUCCUAAUUUAUAUUAAACAAAUGAAGAUUGCUAAAAAUUUUUAGUAUCUAAUGGUAUUUGCAUUAUAAGCUCAAAUGGCAUUGGAUGUUAAGAAUGGCCAAAUAGUUGCAGUUUAUUGAUAAUUUAAUAAUAAUGUGACUUAAAUUUAUAAAAUGGAAAAUAAUGUUAUUGGACUGGAAGUUCUUGUAAAAUAAAAGAAUGUUUAGAUGCUUCCAUAAUUAUUUAUACCAAUAAUAUUGAAUGCAACUCUUGGUUAGAUUAUUGUAUUUUUAAUCCAAUUUUGGGUGGAUGCAUGGAUCGACCUUCACCAAUGAGUUGUUCAUCUUCUCCAAAUAAUAGUAUGUAUGAUACUCACUAAGAGUGUUUUGCAUGGAAUCCUUAAUGCACUGUUAUUUCUUCCUUUAAUUCUGAAGGAUGUGAAGAAAAGUAGAUAAACUGUAGUCAAUUCAUUAGACGAAGGAAUUGUAAGACUACUUUGAAUGGUUAAAAAUGUUAUUGGGAUGAUAAAUAAUAAAAAUGCGUAAAUGAUAAUAAUGACAAUACUUGUGAUAAGAGAAUAAGAGAAUUUAUGGAGAUUUAUCUCAUUAAGAUUGUGAAGACUUCUCAUCCAAGUGUACACUAAAGAACAUUAGUAGAUCAUGCUUAGUACUUUCAGAAUAUUGUAAUUAUUUUUAUGAAUAAUAAUGUGUUAUUAAUAAAUAUCAUUAACCUUGUAAAUGGGAUUUAUUAAAUUAAAUAUGUAAAAAUGUUGACUGCAGGGAUAAUUAAACUGCUUAAACUGAAGCUGAAUGUUUAAAGUUCAAGAAAUAUAAUGAAUGUCAAUUAAGAAUUAAUAUUAAUGGAACAUAUGGACCUGGUUGUGAGUUAAGACCCUCCGAAUGUAUAUCUGUUACAAAUUCUAUCAAAUGUAAUUUAACUUUAACAAUAAAUAAUGAUCGAUGUUAUUUUUUUAACUCUUAAUGUAGAAUGAUACAACCAUAAAAUUGUGAAUAAAUUACAGAUAGUUUAAGCAAUGAACUUUGUCAAUUAUACAAUUCAAAUUGUGUUCUCUAAUAAACUGGAUAAGGAUGCUAUUCUAUUAAUCAAUGCUCAGAUUUAUCUCAUAAUGUUUGUAAUUAGGCAAUCAUGAAAUUUAAUAAUAAGUGUAAUUAUUAUGGUGUUUGUAAUUCUGAUAAUUAAUGUAGCUAAAAACCUAAUAGUUAUUUUGGUUGUGGUGGGAGGAAAACAGCAAAAGGAUAAUUAUGUAUAUUAUAAGCUUAUUUUUAUUCAGAUUACUAUAAUAGUACAACAGGCUACUAUGAAUAUCGUUGCGAAAAUUAUUUUAAUUCCACUUCUUUAUCGACUUCUUCAUCAUCAAUUUCUGAUAGGUAGAAAUUAUGUUAAAAUUAUUCAUCAUCAUACGGAUAUGAUACAAGUUAAUAAUGUGUGACAAUUUCUUUCUGUAAUCAACAAAAUGGUGAUUUUUAACUUUGUAAUUCCUCAAUUACAACAUCAUAGUAGCAAUGUGGAUAUAACUUUUUGUCUAAUACUUGUGUAACUAGAACUUGCGAACUUUUAACAUAUACAAAUUAUGCUAUUAUUACAGAUGAAAUUUGUUAUUUAUGGUUAUAUAAUUGUAUACUAGGCACCACUGGUUGUAAGACUUACACAAAUGAUUGCAACACUAUUAAAUUAAUUUAACAAUGCUAUUCAUAUUCAUGUUUUUGGUAAGACGGUAAAUGUGUAAGUUAAAUUAAUUGCCAAUUAAAUACAACUGCAAUUUCAAAUCGUGAAUGCUUAUUAACAAAUGUAUAAUUUUGUAGAUUAAAUUAUACUAAAGGUUAAGGAUGUUCUUUUUUUUCUUGCGAAGUUAUCAAAAAUUAAACAAUAUGUAAUUCAACUACCCUUGUAGAUGGAUAAAAUUGUAUUUGGACAACAUCAUGUUAAAAGAAAUUAUGUUCACAAUAUACGACAUAACUGGACUGUGAGAAUAGUUAUGGUUACCUUUCUUAAGUAGUAACUUAAUGUUAUUGGUGUGGAUUAAAUACUACUUCAUGUUCUAAUUAAAAAUAUUGUAGUUCAAGUAGCAUAAUUUCACCUAUUUCACACCAAGAUUGCAAUAAUCAAAAUAUCUUAUCCACAAUCAAUUUUUCUAUGAGCACUAAAUGCAUUAUUAAAAAAUUAUUCUGCUCAGAAUAUAAGUAUUAAGAUGCAUGUGUUAGAACAAUAGAUGGUUUAGAGUGUUAUUGGGACAAUUCUGUUUGUAGAAAUAUCUGUGAAAUGAUGUAUAUGUUCCCAUUCUAACCCACAGAUUGUUAUAAAAUGAGUCCUUAUUGUUAGUUGAAUUCACUUAAUGGGUGUCAGUUCCCAAGUUGUGCUUUGCUUUCAUAAGAAGAUUGUAUUAUUUAUGCUUCCAAAUGUUUUUGGGAUGGCUCUGAAUGUUAAACUGUUGAUGUUUGUAAUAAAUAUCUAACUAGUGAAUUAUGUUUAAAUACCAAUAAUUCAUAAGAUAUACCUUGUUUUUGGGAUGGUAUAUAAUGCACUGAAAAAACCUGUUAGAAUAAAGAAAGUCCUUCUUAAAGUAAAGCAGAAUGCCAUGAUUGGCUUCGUAAUUGUUAGUUGGAUAGUUUUAACAAUUCAUGUGUUGAAGAAUGUACUUCAGCAGAUGAAUCGUAUAUAACACAUACAUAAUGUGAAUCAUACAAUUCAAAUAAAAGUUGUACUGUUAAACUUGAUAUAAUUUAGUGUGUAGAUUUACUAGCAUCCUGUUCUUUAGCAAAAAAAACCUAAUGUUAUGUAGAUAAGUAUGGAAACAGAUGCUACUUUUCGGUAUCACUUAAUUAAUGUAUUAAUUUAACGUGUUCUAAUUUGGAUGAAUCUUAUAAUACACAUUAAAAAUGUAAUUUAGAAUUAAAAAAUUGUACAGUAAAUUAGACACUGAAUGGAUGUUAAAUUUUAGAUGAAUGUACCAAUUAUUUAAUCUAAGAAUAAUGUAAGAUAAAUUCAUAAAAUGUUGAAUGUGAAUGGAUAAUGAGUGAAAAUAGAUGUACAAAAAAGGAAUGUUCAACAGCAUAAUUAAUUAAUUACACAGCAUAUGGUUGUCAAUAAUAUUUUGGUAAUUCAUGUUCAAUAAAUAAAAAUUUAGAUAAAUGUGAAAUUGCUUAAAAAUAUUGUUUGGGUUACUCGUAUGAACAAUGUAUAAGUGAUGGAUAAAAAAAUUUAAGUGGAAUAAGUUGUUUUUGGAAUGAGGAGAGGAGAACUUGUUUGGAAAAAAUAUGUAUCAAUGGUCCUUCAGUUGCAAUCUCUCAUAUUGAAUGUAUGUCGUACCUUUCCACAUGUUAAAAAGGUGGUUGUCGUUUUAAAACGUGUUUUGAUUAUAACUAUGCUUUAGAUUAGGCUUGUGCUUCAAUAUUUGAAGACAAGAGAUGUGCAACAAAUGGUUAUAGAUGUGUUUUUAGAUAGAAUUGUGAAGAUGUUAAUAUUAUUGAUGCAUGUACUUUUGAUAUAAAUUUAAAUCCUUGUGUUUGGAUUGAUGAUAAAUGUUUUACUAAAACUUGUUAAACUGCAUUAAUUUCCAUUAAUAAUUAUGAAGAUUGCAAUUCAUAUUUAUCAUAUUGUACAGUUAAAUAAGAUGGAGGAUGUACUAAAAAGUAACAUUGUUAAGAUUAUUAAUUUAAAGAAGCUUGUUAUGUAGAUAGUGAUUAUGGAGAAUGUUUUUGGGAUAAUUACCUAAAUGAAUGUUUUUCUAAUUCAUGUAUUGAUUUCUGUGGCAAUGGUAUUGUAAUGAGUAAAGAUGAAUAAUGUGAUGAUGGUAAUUAUUUACCAUAUGAUGGUUGCUAUAAAUGUUAAUUUUAAUGUCCACAAGGAUGUACUGUUUGUAAUGGUAAUUUAUGUUAAGAAUGUGAAACAUAUGGAUGGGUGUAAAUUAAUGGUAUUUGUAAAUCAGUUUGUGGAGAUGGUUAUGUUGUAGGAAAUGAAUUUUGUGAUGAUGGCAAUAAUAUUGAAUUUGAUGGAUGUUAUUUGUGUUCUUAUUCAUGUCAUUAGAUGUGUCUAGAUUGUUUCUAAGGUUAAUGUAUUUUAUGUGAAUAAGGAUAUGUGGAAAAUGGAUCAUAAUGUCAUUCUAUUUGUGGAGAUGGAUAUAAUGUCUAAUUAUUGGAAUAAUGUGAUGAUGGAAAUUUAAUUAAUAAUGAUGGAUGCAAUGAUAAAUGUAUGGUUGAAUAGAAUUGGAAAUGUUACGAAGAAAAUCAUAUUAGUAAUUGUAAAUAUAGUAUACUUCCUAAAAUUUAACUUAAAAAAAUUUCUAAAAUAGAUACAGGGAUACAAGAAUUCAAACUAUCAUUUUCUGAACCUGUUUAUUUGAAUAGAAAAGGUAUCACUGAAGAAUAAUUUAUACAAAAUGAUUGUUAUUGAAAUUCUAAGCUAACAAACUAUCUUAUAUGAUAUUGAAAUCAAACCUAUUUUGGCUAUAUCUAACUAAAUAGCUGAUGUUUCUUAUAAAAUAUUAGUCGAUUUUAAAAGUAGCAUGUCUAAUACUGUUUUAAAAGUUAACAUUCUAUGCGACAACAUUGUUAAUUAUGAAAAUAACACCUUAUUCUAACAAGAAGCAAAAUUGGACUUAAAACCAGCUUAUAAAAUUUCUGAUACACAAGAAUCUUAUAUUUUAAAAGCUGUAAAAAUGAGUAAAAUUUUAUAAUAUAUUAUCUUUGUUGUUGUUGGAAUAGCCUUUUUUAGUGGAAAUUUAGAAAUUUUAUGGAAUCUUCUUGAUAUGUUUCAAUAAUUAUCGUACAUGAAAUAUCACAAUAUUCUAUUCCCAUAAAUUUUAUUAAUCUAUUUUGAAAUAUUUAAUAUUGGUUCAUUAAGUCCAAUCAUCGAUAACUUUUAAAUAGAUUAAUUUAUAGAAAAUUAUUUUGAUUUCCAAUAUCCAUUAAUUUAGACUAAAUGGAAAUUUGAGGAAUACUAAAUCAACUGUUAGUUUUUGUAAAAUUUUUCAUCACUAAUUACUAUGUUUAUUUUUGGAUUUGCAUACUUCCUAUUCUCUUGCUUCCUUUAUAAGUUAUUAAACCUUACUAAGUAUUAUAAUUUGCCAUCAAUGGUUAAUAAAUAAAAAUUCCCAUUCUUUUUUAAAGUGGCUAAAUCUAUGUUUUCAAUUUAAAGGUUUGCAAGAAAAUAUUAUUAAUAUUUUAUUUACUCUGGAUUAAUAAGAAUAUAUUCUUCUAACUUUUAUGAAUUGAUUUUUGCAUCUUUAUUGUAAAUAACCAACUUUAAUACAGACAACACUUAAAAUACAAUCAUCUCAAAUAUAUCUCUAGGCAUAUUGAUAUUUAAUUUAUUCUUCUCAUUUUUCAUUUAUUUCUAUCUUCAAAAAAAGUCUAAAGUUAGUAAAAACUUAAAAGUAUUAGUUGAGGGAAUCAAUUAUAAAGCCCAUCGAACAUCUAAAUAGUACUUUAUUAUAUAGUUAAUGAAAAAGACCUUAUUCAUGAUAAAUUUAGUUGCAUUCUAAGGUCUUGGUGCCAUUUAGAGUAUAAUUACAGCUUGUUUAUCAGGAGUAUUCUCAUGCUAUAUUUACAUUUCUAGACCUUUUGAAAACAAAUUCGAAAAUAUCAAGUUGUUAAUAAUAGAAAUAUUAAUUAUUUUGAAUGCGAUUAUUUUUUCUAUAUAUGAAAUUAUCAAAUUUGAUCCUGACAAGCUUACAGCAGAAAUUUUUGGCUGGAUUAAUGUAAGCCUUUUCACCUUGAUUCUUAUAUCAACCUUAAUCAUCGAUAUUUACCAAUAACUAAGAAAAUAUUCAAAUUUAAUAAUUGCUAAAGUAAAAACCUGUCUAAAUAUCCCUAAGAAGACAAUAUAAUAGCCAAUAAUAAUAAAUUGGAAUUAUUGA